GGCAGUGCUUGCGGCGCUCGCCGCACAGGAGUGCAGGGAUGUUGGUGCACGGCGGGAGGCUCGAGCUUGAUUGUAUCCUACGGGGUUCUUAAUUUUCUUUCCACCCCCACCCCGCAAUCAUGGCCGGCUGCUUACGCUGGGUGCCACCGCGCUGAGGAGGGGCAGCCGUUGUCCUCACCAUGAGGAAGGGCCGCUCACGGGGUGACAAAGCGGGGCCCUCGACUCUCCAGGCCCCUAGAAGGCUGGAGCAGGUCCCCCGAGCGCCGCCAGCAGCUGGCGCCAGGAAAGAUACUGAGGAAGCGGUUCGGGGUAGCGUCGUUUGCAGGGAUUCACCCGAGAAGGAUGUUAUAGCAGAACCAAUUACUUUGCGAUGCAGAAAACUCAGUAACCCUGACAUUUUUUCAUCAACUGGGAAAAGUAAGCUUCAUCGUCAAAUGAGUCAAGAUGAUUGCAAGCUGCGAAGGGGUAGUUUAGCCAGUUCUUUGACAGGAAAGCAGUUACUUCCUUUAUCUGCUAGUAUGCACAGUGGAGUGGGGCAGUCAUCAUGGCAAUCUUCUGGAGAGUCUUCAAAUUUGGUCCGCAUGCGAAACCAGUCAUUGGGACAGUCUGCUCCUUCUCUAACAGCUGGUUUGAAGGAACUCAGUCUCCCUCGAAGAGGAAGUUUAAUCUCCUCUCCUUUCCUCUCCCACUGCCGAGGAGGCGAUGUCCAUCAGCAUGUGUUCUCUCCUACAUCUGCACCAGGUCUGCAGCAUCUUAAAAUCCCACUUAGUGCGGAUUGUGCCCUUGCUGCUUCUCCUCUAGUGUUUUACCUCAACCCACAACCUCAGAGCAACCCUGGUAGUCCCUGCUGCAGCAAUCCACUUCAGUGGAGUUGUCGGACCAGUAAUAGAAAGAGUUUGAUUGUGACAUCUAGCACGUCUCCAACGCUUCCUCGGCCACACUCUCCACUACAUGGGCAUGCAGGUGGAAGUCCAUUGGACAGUCCCAGAAAUUUCUCCCCAAAUGCACCUUCUCACUUUUCCUUUGUUCCUGCCCGUAGCCAUGGACACAGGGCAGACAGGACAGAUGGACGUCGUUGGUCCCUGGCAUCCCUCCCUUCAUCUGGAUAUGGAACAAACACUCCUAGUUCAACUGUUUCAUCAUCAUGCUCAUCUCAGGAGAAGCUGCACCAAUUGCCCUUUCAGCCAACUGCAGAUGAACUUCAUUUCCUGACAAAGCAUUUCAGCACAGAGAGCAUCACUGAUGAAGAAGGACGACAUUCUCCAGCCAUGCGCCCUCGAUCUCGCAGCCUCAGUCCUGGCCGUUCUCCUGUGUCCUUUGAUAGUGAAAUAGUAAUGAUGAAUCAUGUAUACAAAGAAAGAUUUCCAAAGGCCACAGCCCAAAUGGAGGAACGGCUGACUGAGUUUAUUGCAUCUAAUGCACCAGAGAAUGUGCUGCAACUAGCAGAUGGGGUCCUAAGCUUUAUUCAUCAUCAAGUUAUUGAGUUGGCCAGAGACUGUCUGGAUAAAUCACAUGAAGGACUUAUUACUUCUCGGUACUUUUAUGAGUUGCAGGAAAACCUUGAAAAACUCCUACAGGAUGCCCAUGAACGAUCAGAGAGCUCAGAAGUGGCUUUUGUUACCCAGCUGGUAAAAAAGUUGAUGAUCAUCAUUGCACGGCCUGCACGACUGCUAGAAUGCCUGGAGUUUGAUCCUGAAGAGUUCUACCAUUUGCUAGAAGCAGCUGAAGGCCAUGCUAAGGAAGGGGAAGGAAUUAAAUGUGACAUCCCUCGUUAUAUUAUAUGCCAGCUGGGCCUCACCCGGGAUCCCUUGGAGGAAAUGGCCCAAUUGAGUAGCUAUGAUAGUCCAGACACUCCAGAGACAGAUGAUUCUGCUGAGGUAAAGAGCCGAGGAUCCACUAUGCAAGCAAAGAAAACUCCUUCUGAAGAGGAAUUUGAAACCAUAAAGCUAAUCAGCAACGGGGCCUAUGGGGCAGUAUUCUUGGUGCGCCACAGGACUACCCGCCAGCGCUUUGCAAUGAAGAAGAUCAACAAGCAGAACCUCAUUCUGAGGAAUCAGAUUCAGCAAGCUUUUGUGGAGAGAGACAUCUUAACAUUUGCAGAAAACCCUUUUGUAGUCAGUAUGUUGUGCUCCUUCGAGACAAAGCGCCACCUGUGCAUGGUCAUGGAGUAUGUGGAAGGAGGAGAUUGUGCAACUCUAUUGAAGAAUAUUGGAGCUUUGCCUGUUGAUAUGGCAAGGAUGUAUUUUGCAGAAACUGUGCUGGCAUUGGAAUACCUCCACAAUUAUGGCAUCGUUCACCGUGACCUAAAGCCUGACAAUCUUCUUAUAACAUCAAUGGGUCACAUCAAGCUAACUGACUUUGGCCUUUCUAAAAUUGGCUUAAUGAGCUUGACAACAAACCUGUAUGAGGGGCAUAUAGAGAAAGAUACCAGAGAAUUCUUGGAUAAGCAGGUGUGUGGUACUCCAGAAUACAUUGCCCCAGAAGUGAUCUUGCGGCAGGGUUAUGGAAAACCUGUGGACUGGUGGGCCAUGGGAGUUAUCCUAUAUGAGUUUCUAGUUGGCUGUGUUCCUUUCUUUGGUGACACACCAGAAGAGUUAUUUGGUCAAGUUAUCAGUGAUGAAAUUGCCUGGCCAGAAGGAGAUGAAGCUUUACCACCAGAUGCACAAGACUUGAUUGGUAAACUUCUGCACCAAAACCCUCUGGAAAGACUGGGAACAGGUAGUGCUUUUGAAGUGAAACAACACAGGUUCUUUAAGAACUUAGACUGGAAUGGAUUACUCAGGCAAAAAGCAGAAUUUAUUCCACAGUUAGAAUCAGAAGAUGACACAAGCUACUUUGACACACGCUCUGAGCGAUACCAUCAUGUAGAUUCUGAGGAAGAAGAAGACACAAAUGAUGAUGAUCAUGUAGAAAUUAGACAAUUUUCCUCAUGCUCACCAAGGUUUAGCAAGGUGUAUAGCAGCAUGGAACGUCUUUCCAUCCAUGAAGAGAGGAGAACCCCACCUCCCACCAAGCGCAGCUUAAGUGAAGAGAAAGAUGAUAGACUAGAUAGCCUUGCAGGCCUGAAGAGUCGAGAUCGCAGCUGGGUAAUUGGGUCACCUGAAAUAUUACGUAAACACCUCUCAGUAUCUGAAUCCUCUCAUACAGAGAGUGACUCCAGCCCACCUCUGACCGUCCGUCGGCGUUGUUCUGCGCUUCUCGACAUGCCGCGCUUUGCCAUUUCAGCUGAGGAGGAGGGGAAAAAGAAACAAUUGGAUGGGAUACAAGUGCCUAUGGCACAGCAACGAGAAGGACUUCCACUGCCAAUUCCAGAACAGCCUGUAGAACGAGAACUUCAACUGGAUGAUGAUGGUGGACUAAAAACACCUUCUUCUACUGUCAGUAUUGUGAGCAGCUCAACACUGACAGCUGAGAGCUCUGCAGACUUCUCUGAUCAACGCACUCGCAGUAAUAGCAAGGAAGGUCCAGAGUUUACUACUCCCAAAGCCACAAGUGAUUUGGCAGUGCGGCGAGCUCGCCAUAGGCUACUCUCUGGGGAAUCAGGGGAAAAACGUACCUCACGGCCUGUCAAUAAAGUGAUUAAGUCAGCAUCAGCAACAGCCCUCUCCCUCCUGAUUCCUUCAGAGCAUCAUACAUGUUCCCCAUUGGCUAGUCCAAUGUCACCUCAUUCACUUUCCUCCAACCCAUCUUCAAGAGACUCUUCUCCUAGUCGAGACUUUUCUCCUGCUGUAAUAAAUCCCAAGCCACCAAUCACCAUUCACCGAGCUGGGAAGAAGUAUGGCUUCACACUUCGUGCCAUCAGAGUCUACAUGGGAAAUAGUGAUAUCUACACAGUUCAUCAUAUGGUCUGGCAUGUGGAAGAAGGUGGCCCUGCAAGUGAGGCAGGUCUCAGAGAAGGAGACUUGAUAACCCAUGUGAAUGGAGAGCCUGUCCAUGGACUGGUGCAUACUGAAGUGGUGGAAUUGAUCCUAAAGAGUGGCAAUAAGGUAUCCAUAUCAACUACACCCUUUGAGAACACAUCAAUCAAAGUAGGGCCUGCUAGAAAAUCCAGUUAUAAAUCCAAGAUGGCUCGAAGGAACAAGAAAAGCAAAACAAAAGACGGUCAGGAUAGUAAGAAGAAGAGCUCUUUAUUCAGGAAGAUUACCAAGCAGGCUUCUUUGCUGCACACCAGCAGGAGUUUAUCUUCACUCAACCGUUCUCUGUCCUCUGGGGAAAGUGUUCCAGGUUCACCUACUCACAAUCUCUCCCCUCGUUCACCAACACAGAGUUACCGAUCUACUCCUGAGUCGGUUCAUUCAGUUGGUGGAAAUUCUUCUCAAAGUAGUUCACCCAGCUCCAGUGUUCCUAACUCUCCUGCCAGCUCAGGACAUAUCCGACCUAGCUCCUUGCAUGGGCUAGCACCAAAGCUUCAACGGCAAUAUCGAUCACCAAGACGUAAAUCUGCAGGAAACAUUCCUCUUUCACCACUUGCUCACACUCCCUCACCAACCCCACAGUCCACUUCACCUCAGCGAUCUCCUUCUCCCUUACCAGGGCAUUCAGUUGGCAGUUCAAAUAUCAUGCAGUCUUUCCCUGUAAAGUUACACUCCUCCCCACCUCUGGUCCGACAGAUUUCAAGGCCCAAGAGUGCUGAGCCGCCAAGAUCCCCUCUGCUGAAGAGAGUCCAGUCAGCUGAGAAACUGACCUGUUCCAUGACCUCAGAAAAAAAGCUAUCCUCUUCACGCAAGCACAGCUUGGAUAUUUCCCAUUCUGAAUUCAAGAAAGAGAUGCUCCAAAGAGACCCAGGUCUCCAAAGUUGGCAGGAAUCUGUGAAUGAAGCUGUAGGAGGUAAAGUUGGACUUGCAGAAAAGGGGAUGCUGCAGAAACCUUCUUCCAGGAAACUGGGAACCAUUCGGCAAGACAGGGUAGAUAGAAGGGAGUCCCUACAAAAGCAGGAGGCCAUCACGGAGGUUGAUUCUUCUGAAGAUGAAACUGAUGAAGGAUCAGAAGAUAGUCAAGAUGGGAAAAGACUGGACAGGCCACCCUUCAGCAGAGAUCAUCACAUUGCUGUUCCUUUUUCAGAGGAUCAAAGGAAGCCUUCCAAUUUUGAAAGCAAAGAUAGUAUAGAAGAUGAUGCCUUUCUUCCCGAGGAACCAAAAACUGAAAAUUUGCAGGAAGGAACAAAUCAACUACCAAAAGAUGUUGCAAGGUCACUGAAGACUGUCACAGAUGAGUCAGGGUCUAAGGUUUGUGUAAGAAUUUCUCCUAUAGAACAAUCUGGUGACUGUGAAACAGCUGAAGUAUCUGAAACAGCAGCAAGGUCUCUGAAAGAAAAUAUCCCCAAACUUGUUUGUCUAAAAGAUACCAGUUUUGAAAACACUAAAAAUUCAAAGGAUGCUCAGAUUAUCCAGAAAGGCACAGACUGUCCAAAGCAAGUUAAGUGCCUUCCUAUGGGACUCAUACACCUUGGUCAAGGUGAUUGCUCAGGGUUGGCAACUGGGAAAAAUAAGUUGAAGGAAUCUGGUUCCUCAGAAACCACUUACAGAUUGUCCGAAGAUACUAAUUCUUUGUUAGCACUUUGUUCUUCUUGCACAACUAGCAUAAGCUCUCUUCCACUAGUAAACCAAAUGGACUGCAAGGAUGCAUGUCAGAAGCAGGAGCUCCAGUCUACCAAGAACAGUUUCAGUAUUCCAGCUCUGGCAACAAAUGGCAAGACUUCUACACAAAAGUCUCCUAAUUCUGAAGAACAGCCUGAGUUGUCUUCUGUAGAGACAGUAUCAAAACACAGAAAUCAGGAAAGCAAUAAAAACUGGAAUCUGAGAUGUCCCACGAGUGCUCCAGUUCCCACGCUUGAUGCCCCAGUAGAAAAUAGUAAAGCAGUUUGGUCCGGUCACUUAGAAAUGGAUAGAAAAGGUAUAUUGGACACAGAAAAUUUCAGCAAAUCUGGUUUAUGGGUAUUAGAAAAAACAAGACAUGAUUUCCCUCAGGAGGAACUGUUUUAUGGAGAAGAGUGUGUGUCGAAGCAAGGAAUGCAAGAGACAGAGGAAAGUUCAAGGUCAGAAACAGCCAAAGCUUUCAGCACAUGUGGUUUCAGUAAAACAUGUGAUUCCUCCAUAGAGUCAGAAAGCCUAGCAAUGUCUUGGGAACCAGUGUGUGCAGGAAGGAAAGAAAAGCAAGUUUUUUUAGCACCUGAAGCAUUGGAGAAUACAUGCCAAGCACUUCCACCAGAAGAUCAACUACAUGGCAUUACUAAGCAGAACAUGAACGUGUCUUUGGGACCAGAGAGAAGCCUGAGCCUUAAAAAUGAGACUACUCCAUUGUCUGAAAAAAUCAAAGUUAUUGGAGAUGAGUCGCAAGCAAGAGAUGUCCUGUUGGCAGAAAGCAGUGAUGUGAAGAAAACAUAGCAUCUCCACAUUCUGCAACAAAUAUAGCAUUAGUAGAACACAAAUAUAGAGCAGAAAACCUGUACAUCUAUUUUUUUGUAGAUAUGUUUUUCACUCUCUUGCCUUUUUCAUUCUUGCAAUUCUAUUUUUGUACACAACAUUGCCAUUUGAUGCCUCUUCACAGGCUGUCUUUAAGCAAAUUACAAAAUAGUUUGCAAAUUUCCCACCAGUUUUUUUUAAUUUUGCCCUGAUAUUGGAGCAUCCUAUUCUUUUCCUUCUUGAAUAUUCUGCAUUGCCUUCAAAAUGCCAGAGAACAACAUUUGAAAAAUAAGGCAGCUCACUUGAAAAAUGCCACAUUUUGACCAAUUUUGAUCAUGUGCCAGCUCAUGCAGUAGGACAAUAAAAAAUAAGCUGUUUUUUUUCCCAGUUGAAAUGCCAGAAAAACAAAAACACUCUUCCAUUACUUUUUCGGUUAUUUUAUGCAGUUUUAAAAGAAGGAUGAAGGUCUUUCUAGAUUUUUUAAUGCUUGUUGCCUUACCACCUUUGAUCAAACUAGGCAAUAAAUUAAAAAAAGUUUGUGGAUGCUUCAAUUACUGUUACUUCUGUUGUGAAAGUAGACAAGGUGCCAGGGUGCUUUGUAAUCUCCCAAGCAUUUUUAAUUGGUAAAGAGCUGGUGGGGCUUCUGUUUCAAAAGAAAGGUGUGAAUGGAUUUUCCACUGUACCAUUUCCCCAGUCUCCUCAGAGAUGCUGUUUGCUCCAUUGUAGGCCUAUAUGUCACUUGUACCCCCAACAAGAUUAAUAGGAACUCCAACUAGGCAUUUGAGGUCAGGCAAAGGUAACACAUAAAGUUGGGCCUCACAGAUGCCGGUAUCUUGUCUAGUUUGGCCCUUUAGUGACAAAUAGCGUCCUAGCCUGGUCCAAGACCUUGCUGGAGGAAGUGAGCUUUUGCAAUGUUUACCCAAUACUACCUUAUGUGCCUACAUUGUUAUAAAAACAAUAUCCAGCAAAUGUUCUGAUUUGACUGAGAGUGGGGAAUUAAUUUUCACUGAUUCAUCAAAAGGUGGACACAUAAGUGAAAUAAUCCUGUUAUCUUCAGUGAUACUUUCCCAGGCAUUCAGUAAAAUGGUCCCUAGACCGCACAGGGGAUCUGUAAACAAUAUGAACCCAGAUCCUAUUCUACAAGUUAAUCCAUUUGCUGUUUUUACAAAUGCUUAUAUUUUAAAGCAACAUUUUGAUUUCUUUUGAAUGUUCAGUGAUGGCUGGCACACUCUGGAGUUUUUCCCCUCUUUUUAAAAAGCCAGCUAGCACUAUAACAAUGCAUUGGUAAAUACACAGCUAAACAAUAACUGCAGUAUUGUAACUUCAUUGCUUAUUGAAUCUAAUUACUGCUUGUGGGAAAAAUUGGCUACUUCCAUAAACCUCAAAGUCUUGGGAAUUUAACUUGCAGCCUGGCUCAAUGGAAUACAUCUGUAUGUGUAAGCUUAGUAAUUAUUUAUGAAGUCUGCUGAUCUACAUAGAUAGGAACGUGUUCAUGUGGUGACUUUAAUAGCUCUCCAGGGCAAGCAGUGCAGUUAAUUACAAUGUAGCUUCAUUAUGCAGCCAUAUGUUCUGAUAUAAAGGCUCUUCCUGCACCAUUUCUCCUUAUGCACUUUUCAAUAGGAACAUGUUCUUACAAUCAUAAUUCAUGAUAACCACAUUUCAGGUGUCUGUCUGUUGCCCAGUUUCUGCUCUGAGGUUCCCUUUUCCCAGUUUACUCUAUACGCAGUUUUUUGGCAACAGUUCUGGACCAACUUUUUUUAAAAUGGGGUUCUUUAUACAGUAACCACUGUUUACUGGGUAUGUGUCUAUGAGAGAAAAAGUAAAAUGGAAUGAGGUGUGCCUUCAAGUGACAACUCUGUAAACUGAGGUCAGUUGGCUUUCUCCUAUAGCAACUUGAAGCUUCAGUACCGAAAAAUUUUCCACUGCUAUUUUAUUAUGUGAUAUGCUAAUGUCCUUUGAUCUGCCACCAGUGCAGAAACUCUAAGCCUGGGAAUGUUAAAUAAAACAUUAAGCUUCCUUUCGUCCAGCCAGACUUCACUGCAUUGCCAUUGAGACAAAGGCAAUUGAGGCAUCAGUACACUGUUAAAUUUCAUAGAAAGGAACUGCUGUGAUUAAUAUGGGCUGAUACCAGAGCUACUUAGAAAUACAUAUUCAUUUGAUACAGUAAAAUGUUAUGUGUCAUGACUUACAUUAUAUCAAUUUGUGCUCUGAGAAUAAAUAAUAUUGCUUCAAAUAUAUGUACAACAUUUGUACACAUAAAGGGGGUCGAAGACUUGUACCUCUAGUUUAGCCAAAUUAAAUAUAUUGGGCCACCUCAUGUGUAUAUUAUAGGGGCCACUGAAAUGACACCUUUUUUUAUAUGCUGCUUCCCACUAUUCUUAACAGGAAAGUUCUGUCAAUUGUUAAUACAUCUGGAAGCCUUUGUUCUUCACUCCUGCUCAGUAUUCCUACAAUUAGAGGCCUCUUUCAUAGAAUUUUAAAAAAAUUCUUCAAAAGCCACAAGAUACUAAAGAAGACAUUGUUUGGAAAUUUAAAAUUAUAUGUUUUGAAAAAAUCUGACAAUCAUGGUGUUUCCAACGGCAGAAAUUAGAUCUUAAGAACUGACAUAUUGAGUCUCUCAGAAAGUGGUGUAAAAGGAUGAGGAGGAAGUGGAAAUGAUGUUAGCAUGAGGGGAUAGGAGUUAGUAUAAGUUUUUAAAGUCUGAAUGGAAUCCACUUUAUAAACACACCGCUCAUCCAGCUAGCAUAAAAAUCUCAUUUUCACAGUGUUUGAGACUGAUCAGAGAAUUGUAUAGAUUAUGAGAGACAUGUAGCCAUCCAAGCAUUUUGGUUUUUUAUGUUCUUUUAGCUUGAGUGAAUGUUUUGAAUUCACCUUUUCUUUUGCUUCAUGCAACCUUUAAAAUUUUGGUAUCCAAUUGAUGCAUUCCUCAGUGAUAUUGCACAUCAUUAAAUGAUGUAUCUGAAACUACCAAAUUAAUAUUUAGUGUAAAUAUUAGAUUCUCAUGUUGCUAAAAACCACUUUUGGGGGAGGAUUUCCAAGACUUUUUGGUGCUCAUUGUGCUACAAAAAAGUAUUCACCAAGGAGCACAGUUAAGAGGAAAUUACCUGUAGAUUUUCUUCCUCAUUAGUACUGAAUUAAGGUGUGAUUUGGAAUUUUGCUUUUUUUUUCUUUUGUGAAAGGAAGGUGAAGUCUUUCUCUGUUUUUGUCUUACUGGACGUGAGGGAUGAUGCCGUAUUUCUAGUAAAUGAUUUUACAAGGGUGUGUGUGUGUGUUUACAUUGUGUUUUUGGGUUUUUUUCUGUUGUUCUGGAAGCUGGGAACACAGCUUUCAACCUGGGUUUCAUUCUCAAGCUGGUGUGAGCCAGCACUUUGCUAGCAGAAAGGAUAAUGUGGGAUGUGUUAUUAAAAACUUGAACAGUUGCCACAUAAUAAAGGUGCAAUAUUUUUUAUUCAUGUUGUACCUGCAUGUUGAUGUUCAAAACUACUCUGAAAUACACUUCAUUUUUUUUUACUUAAA